AUGCAAGCAAUGCUUCUGAGUAGCUAUGGAUUGUAGAACAGAAAUCGUGUGAUUUGUGGGUCAUCUUUGUGCUUUGUCUGUCUGUGUCUCUUGUCACACAUUUUUGAAGCUCAUUUCCUUGACGCCCUACUCGGAUUUCUUGUAUUUCUGACUGGCUUGCCCCCCGCCUUGGAUGAGAACCUCUUCUCUCAACUAUCCAAAGCCAUCUAUAGAUCAUCCUGUUCUGCUCUAUAAAUAUAUUCAACUACUAGGAUAUUGCCAAGAGAGAAUACCAAAGUUAUCUCGACAGAGUCCAGACUGAGAGGUCGUUCUCGACGUAUCCUGACACGCGGUGAAAUCGAGUCCGGCCCGAGAUCGAUGUCAACUUUGAUAUAGAUUAGACCAGGUCAUUUGCCUCUUCUUUUUACUGCAAAUAUUUUCGACAUGCAUUCCCAACAAUCAAUAUCACAAUGGACGGCUCUGGCGGUCAUGAUACUUGCUUGCGUGAACUGGGUUAACGCACAUACUAUUAUCGUCUACCCCGGAUAUCGAGGGAACAAUCUACACACGAACGGUUCAGUGGAGGAGGCCGGUGGACUUGGAUCUGCGUAUGUGAAUGAUACUACGAUUUAUCCAUAUGGCAUGCAAUGGAUGUAUCCUUGCGGCGGAAUGCCCACCUCAACCAACCGCACAAAAUGGCCUAUUCAAGGCGGCGCUAUCUCCAUCCAACCAGGCUGGUUCCAAGGCCAUGCCACAGCAUUUUUCUACUUCAAUCUCGGCCUCGGUGCCAUACCGCCAAACAUGAGCAACCCGAUGCUUCCUCCCUUCCAGAUUAUCGGUCCUUCUGCGAACCCUUACCCCGGCACAUUCUGCCUACCUCAGGUACCCUUACCGGCUGGUUUGACGGUGAACGUGGGUGACUUGGCGACUAUUCAGGUCAUUGAGACGGCGAAACAUGGUGCUGCUUUGUAUAACUGUGUCGAUAUUGAGUUUGCGUUACCAGAGGAUUGCGUCAAAGUCACCCAAGACAACUGCUUCAAUUCAUCCGACAUUGCGUUCGCCGAUAUUUACGAAGUCAACGUAACGACUUCUGCAGCACCGCCGUCUCUGAUGGCACCGGGGUUUACUCCUAUAAGCUUUGUGACGCUUAUUACUAUGCUUUUUGCGGGGUUACUGAUCUAGACUGAGUCCAUUGAACAACCCGUGGAGAGUCGAGAUAUCGUGCGAAUAUAAUACCCUAUACAGCCCUUUUCCCUCUAUUCUCAGAUCUGACGAAUUGAUAAUGGUGUCUGGAUGGCGUUAGGGUGCUCUUGGUUUACUGUUCAUGUUCAAGUGUCCAAUCUUUGUUGAUUCGAUAACUCUAGUAUAUAUGAAAUAGCGCUCAUUACCAGACCAUUCUUGGCCUUUGCUUUGGUUUCAGGAGUUCUUGGAGAAGUGAUGGUUCAAUGUUACAUAACCUUUCUCCAGAUCAAAGCACUUGUUUGUAUAUUUCUUGGAAUUCCUCGUAGAAUAGCGAAAGAAUGAUUAAGUAAUAAUUCUAGAUGACUUCUCAGGAC